CACAACCGAGCUCUUGCGCGUAGCCGGUCGGUCUGUCGGUCGCUGUACGCUAUCCACGCGGUGGCGAGAAGAAACGGCAGGUGUCAGACUCGGUUCUGUUAAUGCCUUUUACACAGCUUCUACCUUAAGAACAGCAAAUCGAUCCGCUUGGAUGAUAUAGGGAGACAAGUCUCGCGCGCUGCCACAAUUGCUUCAUUUGCAAGAGGGAUUUGUAUUGCCAUUUUAUAAUUUUUUUAGUGGUGUGAACUCUACCCCCCUCCCUUGUUCCUGACCUUGUGACCCCAGGCUGCCAGGACACCGUGACUGAGGAGGCCACCAUGAGUCAGGAGGGGCAGCAUGACCCCCUACACACAGACACACCACCUCCAGAUACACCCCCAGCCCCUGGAGAGGAGGAGGCUGACGGCUCAAUGGCGAGAGAGCUGGAGCCCUGCAAUGGGACAAAGACAGAGGAGGAACAGCAAGGUGAAGCAGAAGAUGGAGAUACAGAGAAUAACAGAAACACACAGUCCAGUGCAGAGGAGAAGGUGACAUUAGAAGAGGAAGGUAGAAACAGUGAGAUUGAGAGCAGCUGCUUAGAUCCUGUAACAGAAAAUGGUAAUAGGGACAUCAGUGAAGGUGAAGACACACAGUCGCUGCUGCCUCAAAGCCCAGAAAACGACUCAACCAAGUCCCUGUGUGCUCUAAGGUUUGAGAACGGGACCGAAGAUGACAGCGAAGGGCAGGAGGAUGAGCAGGGGGUCCUGGAGGAGCCUUCAGCACAGGGGAACCUAGACGCCUUAAGCUCCACGUUUGAGCUCUCCGUAGAAGAAGCAGAUGCUGAGAUAGAGGACGAGGACGGCGGAGAGGAAAGGGAGCCCCGAAAUCAGGACAGUUUCAGCUCUACAUUUGAGAGCAUUGUGGAGCAGGUCGCCAAGACAACGGCUGUGGAGGAGGAAGAGGACGACGGAGAGGAAGAGUACGACAGGACGAAAGAGACCCAGGACGGCUUCAGCUCCACGUUUGAACGCAUCGUCGAGUCAGAGCUUCUAAGAGGCGGGACUUGCUACAGCAGUUUGGAUUCACUGGAUGUGUUAUCGCUCACUGAUGAGACAGACAGCUGCGUCAGCUUUGAGGCACCCCUCACCCCUCUCAUCCAGCAGAGGGCCCUAGUAGGCCCUGAACCUCCAGAACUGGAGCUGGAGACCGUGCAGGAAGGGGCUGAGAGUGAGGCUGAGCUUGGGACGGAGAUGGCAAGGGAUGAAGCAAGCUCUGCAAGUCCACUACGGACCACUAUUCCAGGAAGCAGGUCGGAAAAUGUCUUGAGCCAGCCGGCACAAUGGAGCAUCCCUAAUGGAUUCCACAUUGAGCUGCCUGGGAAUGGAGAGAAUGGAGGAACGAUGCCAAACUCUAUCAGUGAUGCCAGCCUCACAGAUGUGCUGUGUGACUCGGAUUCUGAGUUGGGCAGCAUGGACCCACUGGAGAGAGGAAGCACGGAUACUCUCGCCAACGGCUGCCGCGUCGACUCAGAUGCUGCCAAACGAUUGGCUAAGCGACUCUUUUAUCUGGAGGGCUUCAAGCGCUGUGAUGUGGCACGACACCUGGGCAAGAAUAAUGAAUUCAGCCAGUUGGUGGCAUCGGAGUACCUGAGCUUCUUUGAUUUCACGGGGUUGUCAUUAGACAGAGCGCUGAGGAACUUCCUGAAGGCAUUUCCUCUGAUGGGAGAGACGCAGGAGAGAGAACGUGUGCUGGUGCACUUCUCCAAACGCUUCUGCCACUGUAACCCAGAAGCUCUCACCUCAGAGGAUGGUGUUCACACACUUACCUGCGCACUUAUGCUUCUUAACACAGACCUGCAUGGACACAAUAUUGGGAAGAAGAUGUCUUGCCAGCAGUUCAUUAGCAAUCUGGAUGGCCUCAACGACGGCAAAGAUUUUCCCAAAGAAUCUCUCAAGGUGCUCUAUAACUCGAUAAAGAAUGAGAAGCUGGAGUGGGCGAUUGAGGAAGAUGAGUUGAGGAAGAGUCUGUCGGAGCUGGUGGACGAGCAGUGUGAGGCGGGAGGGAAGAGGGUUGUCAGGGUAACGGACAGCAGUAACCCUUUUAUCGCCAUUCCACUUUUGCUUAAUGCCGUGACGUACAAACACGGCAUUCUGACACGCAAAAGCCACGCAGACAUGGACGGCAAACGCACCCCGAGAGGACGCAGAGGCUGGAAGAAGUUUUAUGCCGUGCUGAAGGGGAUGAUUCUUUACCUGCAGAAAGAUGAGUACAAGCCUGAUAAAGAUCUGUCAGAGGUGGACCUGAAGAAUGCAGUACGGGUUCACCACGCUCUUGCUAUUAGGGCCUGUGACUACAGCAAAAGACAGAACGUCCUCAAACUCAAGACCUCGGACUGGAGAGUAUUCCUCCUGCAGGCCCCGAGUGAAGAGGAGAUGAUGUCAUGGAUUUUCAGGAUUAAUCUGGUCGCUGCUCUUUUCUCGGCUCCUGCUUUUCCCGCUGCCAUCGGCUCCAUGAAGAAAUUCUGCAGACCGCUACUGCCUUCAUCCACCACUAGACUCAACCAGGAGGAGCAACUGAAGUCCCAUGAGAACAAACUAAAGCAGAUUUCUCUGGAGUUGGAGGAACACAAGAGGAGCCCACCAGAUCUGACCCCCAAGAGCAAAGAUUCAGAAGAGUAUCGAAUCAAAGAGCACUAUUUAACCUAUGAGAAAUGUCGCUAUGAGACGUACAUCAGUCUCCUGCAGGCCAAGUUUCGCACAGGAAGUGAUGACUUGGAUAAGAUUGAAGCCAGCCUGUUCACUGGGGAGGGGAAAGAUGGUUACCUGCGCAAAACUCAGUCCAGCCCGUCAAUCAGCCAAGGUCAGGGGGUCAACGGACGGGCCGGUCAUAAACACACCCCAGAUCACAAUAGCUGAAGAGCCUUCUUUGACCUCUGAACUCAUGUGACACACUCACGUUUGAGCCUGACUGCAGUGGGUUUGAAUAUGUGAGACAGUGUCGAGAGAAAUACAAACGUAGCAUUAUAAUGUCCUUAUUAUUUCAAAGUACAGUAAAUUUAUUAUGACCAUUAUGUAUAUUAUUAGUAUUAUUACUACAACAAUAAACAUUGUUAAUAAUGCUAUAAACAUUAUUAUGUGCCAAAAAUGAAAAAAUGAGGAGACCAAGACUGUAUAAGUGGGAAGAAAUGACAACACUGCAUAUAAAGUUAAGAAAAGGUGAACUGUGGCAUUACAAAUGCAUUGUGGAAGAUGCACUGUGACAUGCAGCCAUGUUGUGAUGUCAUUUAGAAUUUUAAGCCUGGCUGACACUACAGGAGUUUUAAAAUCAUUACUGAUUUUGAAAUCUGGUUGCAGCACACACAUAAGGAGAAUCUUUGCAGAUUAUCUUCCCUCAAAUAUUAAACAUGCACACACUACAAGAUUUGAACAUCGUGGCACAUCACACACUGCAAAAUAUCAUUAAGCUCAUGCCAGAGGGAUCGCCUCACGUGAUCUCACGCAGCAGAUAGUCACAGAAUUUAUUUAGGGGUUUUUUUGUUGUUUUUUUAGCAUGCUAGCUUUCUGCACUCACCUGGUUUUCACUCAUUUCACUGCAGCACUUCUAUUUCUCCUUACAGUUGUGAUGUGUCUUCGACACAUUACAGACAAUUGUGUUCGUCAAGUAACAGUUUCCUCUAUCUCCACUAUCCAACGAAGCCCUACAUCAGCUGUUUUGCGGUUUUGCGCAUUGGCUGUGAAAGUACUGACGUAAUCAUAUAGCCAUCAUCAUCCCGAUUUAAAUCCUAAAUAUCAAACAUGUUUGAUAAUAAUCGGUGCUGCCCCGAUUUGUGUGCGAGCAGAUCGGUAGGUUCGAGAUUCGAUCGGUAAAUGCCUCAUAUUACCAGAUAAUCCGCGCCGAACAUUAGGACAGAUUGAGGUGCUCGACAAGAUGUUUGCUCCGAUUCUCGGGAGGGGGAAAUCGGGGCUAAAUCAGGCUAAAAAUCCUGUAGUGUGAGCCAGGCUUUACUGUGACACACAAAGAGAUUCAUUUAGGUUCCAUUAAAGGGACAAAAUCUGACCCUCAUAUCUUUCCAAAUCUGUACGAUUUUCUUCGGAGUAACAUAGAAGAUAUUUUAAAGAAUGUUGGGGCCUAAACAACAUCAUUCCCCAUUUUCUUUCAUUGUAUGAAAAAAAAAGAAAACUGCCUAAGACAUUUUUCAAAACAUCUUUUGUGUAAUGCAAAAGAUGGAAAGUCAUACAGGUUUGGGGUGACUUGAAGACAGAAUUUGUUAGUGUUAAAGUCAGUUUAUAUGCGGAGAUGACAAUGAGUAUUGGUCAAUAGAUCAACCAAUAAAGCGCUGCAGUGAUAGUAUUUUUGUAGGCCAACCUGAAAGUUUGCAUAACCUUGCUUCCCUCAACAAAAACAUUAUUGCAGAAAAUAAGCUCUGUGACCGAUAAAAGUUUAUGAUUCUUACAUACUUUAUUCAACAUAAUAAUCUUCAGAAAUGGACAAAAUUGUAUGAAUUUUGACACCUAAAGCCUGGACACACCGAGCCAACAGCGAGCGACCGUCGGGCUAGUUUAUUUGCUGUGUUCCACUCGUCGGCUCUAAUUGGAUGUUCAGUUUAGCGAACGAGUCCGUGCCCGAGAAUCAAAUUGAAAGUGAUGAAAACAAUCAUGUGAAUGAAGGCGGUACAGACAGAAGGCGGUUUAAAUAUUACAUGAUCUUUCCCAAUCAUUCUAAUACGUGAAUGUUUUCAACAUGAGCCGCUUAAAAAGAUUAAAGCUACUGAUAUUCAAAAUGGUAAGCAAGCGCUGCUUUGUUUACAUUUCGUAUAUCUGCGUUUAUCUCGUAUAUCUUUAUUUCAGUUUCUCCUUUUGAAUGACGAAUAUAAAUACUAUUAAUAGCUGCUGAUAUGAACAGCUCGUUCCUCUCAGGCAUGCGCAGAACGACCGUGUUAGUUUGCCAUCGGCUGUAGUCUGUGCGGUUUGUUACAGCGCAGCUUUUUGGUCCAACGUCCUUUCGUUGCUGCUAGUUCUUUGAAGUUGGCUUGGUAUGUCCGGGCCUUAAAUAUAAUCAACAAAAGUAAAACGCUAAACAUAGGCUAUGAGUGAAUUACAAUAUGGCCACAUGUCUUCAACUUCUCCGCUAUUAACCUUCAAACAACUCUUUCAAUCAAAUUUUUUUUUAUCCCUAAAAUUCAAUUUUGUUUCAGUUUUUGGCCUAUAAAACAUGUCAUCUCUGCAGCACUCUAUAGCAUCCAGUUAAGGUGGGACUGUCAGUUUGACUGACCAAUGGCAGACAGGGAGAGUUCUGAAAAUCUGUUUGAAAAGUCUAAAUUGCAAUUCCGCACAGAAAUGACACAUUUCACCUUUAAAUAAAUCAUGACAUCACUUUGCAGUGUUUGACAUUCUUUAUGACUUCACAACGUGUGUUGAAUCCCAAGGCUGUGUGUGGUAAUGGCUUCCUUAUUGACAGGUCUGCUUUAGAUGUAGGAUUUGAUGUACUUGUGAGAUGCUCACAGUAUCGGUCUCAUGAAGUGGCCAGUUUAAGGGCUUUGCUGCACGUUGGGGUGCAUGUAAAGAUUCAUGUGGGCUGUUUGUAGUGUUAUAUAACUACCCCUUUGUAAUUAUUUAUUAUGUUAUAUUUAUUAAUUGUAAAUUUAUAUUCUCCUUUUGGAGACAAUAUAGCGGGAAGUCGCUUGUAAAGAUGCCUACAUUUGACCCUUGAUUAGUUUUACCUGCACCGUUGUUGUUUUUUGUUUGUUGUUUUAACUCUCUUAACCGAGGAGCUGACAGUCCCCUUCAAUGGAUCCAGGGAUAUAUCCGAUGUUGAAAAAUACAGUGUCUUAACACGGGACAGGGUAUGGGACAUUGUAUGCGCACAAGCGAGGAAGGAAGACUGCAAGUUGAGUCUGAAUAUGCAAAACAGUGACGAAGAGGAAAAAAAAAUUGGAACUGAAAGCGACGCCCUCAUUUUCUCUAUUCAAUGGACCACAAAGCCUCUAUGUGUUUCUAUGUGCCUGCAGAAAAUUCAACCUGGACUGAAUAUUGAGCAGCAGGACUGCAAACAACACACCAUGAACCUCCCUGCUUCUUCAUCUGAAUCGCUGUAGCGUAUCGAAACGUCUCAAUCCUGGAAACGUGUCACUUUUGAAGAAGAUAAUUGUUCUUGAGCCACCAAAUAGGACUCUGAAACUUAACGGUACAAACUUUGAGCAAGUGCAAGUAGAUUUUUAUAGUCCUGUUGUAAAGCAUGAGGACGUGAGAGAUUGAGCUUUUGGCUCUUUCAUGCUUUAUGGAUGUGGAAUGACAUUAGAGCUGCAAUUUUAUACAUUCUUAGUAAUGGCUUUCUUAAAAGGGACCUCUAUAGCCUUCUUUUCGCUUUGGCUGUUGUGCUAACAUGAUUUUCCCGUUUAGGGUAGAACUCAGAUGCUGUUGUAAUAAAAGAUUGU